UGAUAAUAGUGUGUUAUUAUCAAUGAGUUGUGUGCAUUAUUCGCUAUAGAAAAAUAUAUAGUAAGACAACUAUUUGAAUUGUUUAAACAGAUGCAGAAACCUCACUGAUUGAAGCUUUGUAGUGGAGCAACAGAGAUUAGCAGAAAACAACAGCAAAAGGACUAACAAAAUGUGCCAGUAUAAAAACAAUUUCUGUCAACUCGGUAACCAUACAAAGAUAAAGAUAGGAAAACUACAAUGAAUCCCAUAUUCACACGCUGAUGUCUCUGUCACAAAGACAGGCCCAGUCACAAUAAUAGCAGCAAGAACAACUAUAAUACCCAAAGGGUCAGCUGUAAAUAGUGUACGGCUAGCCAACAUGAACUCCAUGGCAACUCAACGUCAGAGAAAUUUGUUACCUCUCCUCAUAUUCGUCUGUUUGCUGGGACAUUGCGUAUACGUCGAGGGUGCCAAGGCUAGCAAUUGCCUCGACCGUCACAAUGGCUUUAACAGUUUUCCAACACAUUCAGUCAACACGUUGACAGCGACACCACCAAGUCACCAACCCAAUAAAUCUGACUUGCCAAUACCACAGACCACAUCGCCAGUGAGUACCGUCUCUGGGUGGCGUUGUUGUUGCUGGAAUGCAAGCAAUCAAAAUGAGGUUGAGUGUCGUUGUGACGGAGAGGCCCUAACCCGUGUGCCACAAACUCUCAAACUACCCAUACAAAGGCUGACAAUUGCAUCAGCAGGCUUGCCACGUUUGCGUUCGACCGGUCUAAAGGUAUACGCUCCCACUCUUCUCGAUGUCGCUUUUAUCGACUGUCUGGAACUGGAAGGCAUACAGGAUGGCGCAUUUGCAAAUUUAACUGUGCUCCGUACUAUUUAUAUUUCGCAUGCUCCCAAGCUAAUGUUUCUGUCGAAAAACGUGUUUGAGGGAAUUUCGGAAACAAUUGAAAUUAUACGUAUCAUUAACAGCGGGUUGACUCAAGUGCCGGAUCUAAUGCACUUGCCGCCCUAUAAAAUAUUACGAAUGAUAGAUCUCGAUAAUAAUCAAAUAUCUCAAAUAGAUACUAAAUCUAUUAAAGUGAAGACUGCGCAAUUAAUUUUAGCAAAUAAUGAAAUAAAGUACAUUGAUGACUCGGCAUUUUUUGGUUCGAAAAUAGCAAAGCUCUCAUUAAACGAUAAUCGCAAGCUCAAAGAACUCCAUCCCAACGCAUUCCAUGGAAUAAUAGAUAUUACUGAACUUGAUCUCUCCAGCACUUCAUUAGUGAGUCUACCCUCGGCUGGGUUGCAGACCAUUGAAGCUCUAUAUAUAGAAAAAACACACACUCUGAAAACCAUACCAUCCAUUUACAACUUCCAGAAUCUACAACGCGCCUAUUUAACUCACUCGUUCCAUUGUUGCGCAUUCGAGUUCCCCUCCCGACACGAUCCCCAAAGGCACGCCCAACGCAUGCAGGAAGUGGAAAAAUGGCGAACUCAGUGUGGCAGCGGCAGCAGCGACGCACGCCAGCAGGAAAGUCCGCCACCUAUGCAGCCCGUGGGGCACGUGAACAGCCAAUCCGAUGUUUAUUACCGACGUCUGAAACGUUCGAAGGACGAUUCGUUGCUAUUGGUGCACACAGAUGUUGAUGUUGCAAAGGAGUUUCCACUGAGCUCCUAUGAUUACAUGUCCGGCGCCACUUUAAACAAUAUCGGAGUAUUCCACGAGGAAAUUACAAUAAAUCCAGAGGACGAGCAGUUGGCCGAGUAUUGCGGCAACUUUACGAUACGAAAAACGAAAGUUGAAUGCUACCCGAUGCCAAAUGCUCUCAAUCCCUGUGAAGAUGUCAUGGGCGUGCAAUGGUUGCGUAUUGCUGUUUGGAUUGUGGUUGCCUUGGCCGUGGUAGGCAACCUGGCAGUACUCACGGUUAUAUUAUUGACCAAACCAGAGGCGCCAUCAGUACCACGCUUUCUAAUGUGCCAUUUGGCAUUUGCUGACCUAUGCCUGGGCGUGUAUUUGUUGCUUAUUGCCUCCAUAGAUGCACAUUCAAUGGGCGCCUAUUUCAACCACGCGUACGAUUGGCAGUAUGGUGCGGGCUGCAAGGCCGCUGGCUUUCUGACUGUGUUCGCCAGUCAUUUGUCAGUCUUCACGUUGACUGUCAUUACCAUCGAGCGCUGGCUGGCUAUAGCACACGCAAUGUAUCUGAAUAAACGCAUUAAGUUGCGCCCUGCUGCAUACAUAAUGGUUGCCGGUUGGAUUUACUCAAUCAUUAUGUCAUCGUUGCCGUUAUUCGGAAUUAGCAAUUACUCAUCAACCAGUAUUUGUUUGCCCAUGGAGGAUCGCGAUGUAUUUGACACUGUUUACUUGAUUGCCAUCUUGGGUUGCAAUGGAGUGGCUUUUUCGAUAAUAGCUAUAUGCUAUGCUCAAAUAUAUUUGUCCUUGGGUCAGGAGACGCGUCAUGCGAGACCAAACCAUCCGGGUGAGAUGGGUGUUGCCAAAAAGAUGGCCCUGCUGGUCUUUACUAACUUUACGUGCUGGGCACCUAUUGCAUUCUUUGGUCUGACAGCUUUGGCUGGCUAUCCGCUUAUUAAUGUUACUAAAUCCAAAAUAUUGCUUGUGUUUUUCUAUCCCCUAAAUUCGUGUGCAGAUCCUUACCUCUAUGCCAUAUUAACAUCACAAUAUCGUCAGGAUCUGUCCGCCUUGUUGUCCAAAAUAGGAUUUUGUCGCCAGAGCGAAUUGAAGUACAAGCACAGCGAAUCCUUACAUGGCACCACACAUUUCACCACACAUGGCUCUAUGCAACGCCACAGCUCGCUAACAGCUAAGAUACAACAUGGCCUGAUCACUGAAACACAAUGUAUGCUGAAGAACCGGGAGGAUUAUGUCUAAGCAAAUGUGAAAGAGUUCUUUACCUGAAAGACCAACGGAAACUGUUGCUGUGGGCGUCUAACAAAUUGUUUUGUUUGUGUACGCCAUUAUACUCUUUAAAAUCUAGUUAUUCCUAAUCUGCAUAGUUGUAUGUUUAUAUUCGUAUUCCUAUUGCUAUGCAUUGUCUAUGUGUGAUAUCGUUACUUGUUAGGCUUAACAGAUUACUAAUCUAUUUAGCUCUCUAUUUGCAGCCAUGUUAGUUUGAUACGCCCUCUAUUAUAAUUAUAGUAUUCUGAACAGUCAGUAUUCGUAAUUAUCAUUAUUUUUAAGGCGCACAGUAGUAGUUUUUGAGGGGUCGAACCCAAAGCUCCACUGUAAUUUUGAAGGACCUGGUAGUAUGUGCAAAAAAUGUUAAUCUUGCUGGCAAAGGAGACAUUUUAAGUUAAUUAAUUGCUCUGUCGAAAAGAAAUUGAGAUUUCCAGAUAUUUCCAUUGAUGUGAAAACAAAUGCUUUCAAUCGAGAAGAUAUGUAUUUCCCAAAAAUAUACUGGAUGUAAUGUAAUGUAAUUUAAUAAAUAUUUAAUGAUAAAUGUUUUCAAAAGAUUAUUGAGGCAUCUCAGAUAGUUUGUAAAUUGUCCAUUUAUGUAGCCCAUAUAUUAACAGGAUCCACAAAUUAUUGUUUGAUAUUCAAAUAUGCUAAAAAGUUGAAAUACUAUAUGUUGAAAAUUGGUUACAAUAAUUUUUUUCCAUUAUCUAAACUUGAAGUCUUCUAACUUUACAUUUAUUAUUAUUGGAAAUAUAUGUAGUUAUUCUAAGC